AUGGUGGAGCAGGGAGACGCGGCGCCGCUGCUGCGCUGGGCCGAGGGCCCCGGCGUCUCCCCGCCGCAGGCCCCGGAGCUGCCGGCGGGAGGCUGGGCCGGGCGGGGAGGCGGCGGGGGCGCCCGGCCGGCCGCCGAGCCGCCACGGAGCCGCGAGCCCGCGGAGCCCGCUCCCCGCGAGGUGCUGCUGCAGCCCGGGCGGCUGGAGCUGGGCGACGUGGAGGAGGACCAGGUGGUGGCCGUGUUUGUGGUCACCUUCGAUCCCCGCUCGGGAAACAUGGUAGAGUGGUGUCUACCUCAAGAUAUUGAUCUUGAAGGAGUGGAGUUCAAGUCUAUGGCCAGUGGGUCCCAUAAAAUUCAAUCGGAUUUCAUCUAUUUCCGAAAGGGACCCUUCUUUGGCCUGGCCUGCUUUGCCAACAUGCCCGUGGAAAGUGAGCUGGAGCGUGGUGCACGAAUGAAGUCCGUGGGUAUCCUCUCUCCUUCCUACACCCUGCUCUACCGGUAUAUGCACUUCUUGGAGAACCAGGUUCGGCACCAGCUGGAGACUCCAGGGCAUUACUCUCACCUGGCUGCGUUCUAUGAGGACAAGAAAGGAGUGCUCCAUGCCGGCCCUGGCCGAGGCAGCAGCCUGCCCCCUGUCUACUGGCUGCCUUCCAUCCACCGCUACAUGUACCCUGAGAUGAAGAUCACCCAUCCAGCUGGCUGCAUGUCUCAGUUUAUUAAGUUCUUCGGAGAGCAGAUCUUGAUUCUCUGGAAGUUCGCCUUACUCCGAAAGCGCAUUUUGAUCUUUUCUCCCCCGCCCGUGGGCGUCGUGUGCUACCGAGUGUACUGCUGCUGCUGCCUGGCCAAUGUGUCCCUGCCUGGCAUCGGAGGCACGAUCCCUGAGUCCAAGCCUUUCUUCUAUGUGAACGUGGCUGACAUCGAGAGCCUGGAGGUCGAGGUGUCCUAUGUGGCCUGUACCACAGAGAAGAUAUUCGAGGAGAAGCAGGAGCUCUAUGAUGUCUACGUGGAUAACCAGAACGUGAAGACACACCACGACCAUCUGCAGCCCCUGCUGAAGAUCAACAGUGCCGACCGGGAGAAGUACCGGCGGCUCAACGAGCAGAGGCAGAUGCUGCUGUACUCUCAGGAAGUGGAAGGAGACUACAAUCCUUGUGAAGAGGACCUGUUCGUGCUGUUUUUCCUAGAGCAAAACAACCGGAUCUUUCAGACUUUAUUGGAAGUGUCUGCCAGUCAGGACAAAACUCUGACAGCAGAGCACGCCCGUGGCAUGGGCCUGGACCCCCAAGGGGACCGGAGCUUUCUCAUGGACCUGUUGGAGGCCUAUGGCAUUGACGUCAUGCUGGUCAUCGACAACCCCUGCUGUCCAUAGAAAGAGCGGCACGGAACUGGCAAGCCAUUGCUGUGGUGACAACAACUCGGAGUGCACUCCAGGCCUCCAAUGGCCUCAUUUUUUUUAGGUUGACACAAAGGAAGAUUGUUUCUACUUACCCACAAAUGUAAUUUUGGCAGUUUUCUUUCUUCCCUUUUUUCCCUAAGGGUAAGAGAGAUGGCCUUGGAUAUUGGGUAGGCUACUUCCUCUCAGAGCUGCUGGGUUUGGGGGCUUAGUCUUCGUAGAUGUGUUGCUAGGAGUGCGUUGAGAUCUGGAAACACUAGGGUGGUCUGUUUGUCCUUGUCUCUCGAUUCGUGCAAGAACAAGACAACCAUCUGUCUAGAGUGGCCUUAGCUGUUCAUCUUCCUACAGGCAGAAACUGAUGGAUGACCUUGAAAGGUCAAGAUCUAGGGGUCAGAACUGUUCAAGUCCUUUUUCCUGUUCAUUAGAGAAAGUCUAUGUCUUCUCUGUUUGCUGAAGGCGGGACCACAGAGUGACACAAAGUGAUGUUUCUUAUACCCAUUAUGAGCCAAAAUGAACGGAGAGCUAGCUUGUUAGUCAGCUGAAAACUAAGUUAUAGAAUGAAACCUGGAAAUCCUUUUCCAAGUAAGUGAAUGGCAGCUACUUGGUAUAAUGCUCUUUCUCUGAAUCUCACCUCUUGAGAUGGGCAGGUCACUUUCUCGCGGCCCAUGUUGCCCUAGAGCUGGCAAGCAAAUCCAUUUUUAUAACUUAGUCUCUCUAAAGGGCUGCACAUCCUCCUGUUAUGACUGGGGUAUUUUGCAAGGGUGGAGCAGUAGCUAUUUAAACAGGGUAGAGAAGAAGCUGUGAGUUUCUUCUCCGGGACUCCAAGAGUUCUCUAGAACCUUUGUUCACAGACCCUUGGGAUUUGGAAUCUAGCAGGAUCUGAUCUGACUCCAAGGUUUGAUUGAGUUGUGUUAUUCAGAUUAUUUACCAGCUUGGAGCCUUGAUGAACAUCUCUUCAGCAGAGGUGAUUUUUCUUAUGCCAGUGUCACUGGGCCCAGGAGUUUAGGCUUUGUCAGGAAGUAUAGCAAUGCCUUCUUGCAGGAGAGUGGGUGGGACUCCCCUCAGUCAGUGGUGACUGUACCCACUUCCUUGUGGACUGUUUCAGGUUGGGCAGCACCCAGUGGUGACCUGCCCACUCCUUUGGGCUGGGUUUCUUGAUGACUACAAGCUUAGGUAAGAGGACAGUUGUUAACUGUAGGUAAAAAAAGAGCUCUUGUAGUAGUUUAGAGGGGGUCUUUUGGCCAUAAUGAAGGACUUGGGCUUGGGAUCCUGGGUUGUUAACAGAUUAAUUUCUUCUCUUACCUCCUUCCCGCUGAAUUCUGUUCUCAAAGUAGCUAACCAUCGAUGCAUCCAUGUCUGUGACCAGAAGCCAGCCAGAGGGAAACAACUUUCCAGUGGAUGGAUGGGUCAUGCCUCUUAUCUCAGUACUAGCCUUUUACUGCUUAACUCAAAGUAUUUUCACUAUCGCACCCUGAUGCAGAUUUCAAGAGUGAAGAAAUUCAUAUGUAUAGAAACAGGAAUAGACACUGAUGAAUCAGGGUAGCCUCUUUUAUGUAAAUAUAUAAAUAGAUUUGGACAUUGAAAUGUAAACUGUGCAACUAAUCCGUUUUCUUCUCUCCUUGUCUGUAGUGUGGGUUUAGCCAUCAUCUCAGAAACAUGUUUACAAAAGAAAACAACUUUUUAUGGACCACCUUCUCCUCCCUUGCAAGGCAAACAGGGACUUUCUCACUGGUGUUAUCAUUCCUUCUAGCAGUGAAUGAGGCUUGGGUUUUCUGGUUUGGGGCUCAAAAGUUGGGACCAAGUCAUUGCUUAGCAUUAGCUUUGGCUUUACACAUGGCUUUACACAUCCCCUCCUGGGGACGCUAUGGCCCUGUCAUUUGUGAGUGCACGUCGGGAGGGAUCUGCGUCCCAUACCUACCAUCCACUCUGCCAUCUCUCCUGUGGCUGCACCAAGAGUAAUAAUAAGUCAGCACAGGAACUGGCAUUUGUAAUCACCCUUGUUAUAAACCACAUGGAAACCAAAGUGGGAAAGGCAACAGUUGUACACAGGUAGGUAGGAUAGCAUCUGUUGGCACAUACGGAGGUUCAUUAUUUUACUACCUAUGUUUUACAAGGGAGAUAAAGGCAAAUUAGUUCCUAGCUAAGUCACUGUCUUCCUUCCGGUGGCUGGGAGGAUGGAUUCACCACCUGUCCUCAUAUACUGAAAGCGCUUCAAACACUGAGGUCAAAUGAUCCGCCUCGCCACCCGUAGUGGCAGACAUCAACCUCUAAGAAGAGAUGGGGACCUGAGGAACUGUUUGCCUUUGAAGCGGCACAGCCCGGGAGACGGACCCCUGUAAGAGAGGGAACGGAGGGCUGUGGGUGCAAAAGAUCACAUGAUAAAGCGCAGGGUGAGCACAGUUCUAAAACAGGCAAAAAUUAAUAAGGAGACCUGAGUGGCCCCAUGUGGACUGCCAGUGUCCUGCUACGGUCCAGGCUAGUUGGAUCUGAACCUGAGCUAAGUCUAGCUGUCCUGUCUCUUCCCUUCACCUUCUGGCUGUAUUUGUGGGGAUAUCCUGCUGGGCCAGUCUCACCUUGACAGGCCUAGACUCUGCCUUUCUCAUUUAAAGAAAACCCUUUACCGAUUCAGGUAGGGGAGGGGAGGAGUUAAGGACUCCUUUUACACCCAUCAUAGUUUUUUAAUAUGCCAUUUUUACUACUAAUAUACCUCUGUUCCCAGGAGCCAUUGGAGCACUGAGUAUUGUAGGAAAAGGCUGUGAAUUAAGUUAAUGUUUUUCUUACAAGAAGUGGAAGUUUAUUUUUAUAUCAUUGUUACUACAUGAUGACCUGGGUGUAAAGGUGUUGAAAUGGAAGGUUUCAAGGCUAUAACCCUAGAAGAAAGGGGGCAGUUUGGUACUUUGUUUGCAGCUGAAACCUUGAGAGGCUUCACUAUGUGAAUAAGGAACACACUGUGCUGUGUGAUCUUGGCGGAACUCCACGUCCAUGCCCCGGGCCCGGGAAGGAUGCUACACAAACACUAACUUCAGCCAGCCUCUAGGACUGAAGAGGGGAGGGAGCUUCUGAGCUCUCAGCCCCUCCCUCCUUCAGUUGGAGGCCCCUGGGAAAGGGAGGUUGCUUUCUAGCUAGCAGUUCCAUUCAUUUUAAGUAGCUGAAAUUUAGGGUGGUUGGGUGACAUUGCAAAUUUAGAAAGGGAAUAGGAAUUUUUUUUUUCAGUGCUGCACGGCAAUAAUGAAAUUGGGUAAAUUAAACCCCAUUGUCUUCAUUUUAGAAUUGAUUCUAGACAUUUAGCCUAGGAGGACCUAAAUUCGAAGUGGUUAUUCAACACCAUAGUGUUGAACGGCAUAGCGUGUUCCUGACCUUUGAGUAAAAUGUCUCUUCAGACAAAUGAUGAGUCGAAUUUGCUUUCUAAGGCUAAUAGGGGUUGUGGGGUGAGGUAGGGUAUCCUAAAUUGAACAGAGAUAAUCCACAAAGAAAAAAAAAAAACCCACAGAGAGGUAAUCACAUUGGCUGGUUGGAAGUAUAUUUAAUUCAAAUUAAGACUGAAGCAAAGAUGAAGUAUAUA